AUGCAAUCAGAUAAGGGAUUUUCUCUAACUUUAAAAGAUGAACCGGGUCUAAAACAAGUUUUUUACAUUAUCAAAAUAAACGAUGAGUGUCCUACGCUAAUGGACUUAGUUCUAACAUCUCAAGAUAAAGUAAACAUUUCAUUAUUGGUAAAUUAUCGCGGAGAGGCCUAUACGUCCUAUCAAUAUAUAGUAAUUGGAGAGAAUACGAUUGGCAUUAAGGCGACACCAAGUCCUCAGAAAAAUGAAGACAAUUGUGAGAACACACGGGUCGAGGUAAAAUGUGAAAAAGCCCAAACGAUCGUCUUAGGUAUAUCCAAUAUAUGCCAAGGUCAAUUGAUAUUCGAAGAUAAUUUCAAUAAUUCGCAAUUAAAUAUGAAACUAAAUGGCGAUACUGAUAUAAGACAUCGUUUGAUUGGUACCGAUUCGGAAGAAUUUGUAGUAUUCGAUAAUCAUCCCGAAAAUAUUUUCAUACAUGAGGGCUAUUUAAAUAUACGACCCAAAGUGACACAAGAGAAUAUGAAGGAGGCUAAAUUGAAUUUUGGUUCUAGGUCACAUUUCAUAUUUGUACCACCUUUCAAUUCAUCACAAAUUACCAAAGACUCGUUUCAAUUUCAAUAUGGAAGAAUUGAGGUUAAGGCGAAACUACCAAAAGGUGAAUGGAUAUUACCGUAUUUGAUGUUACGAAACGAUGAUGCUUUGAAUGAAAAGCAAAUACACAUAGCCUUUGCCCGAGGUAAUGAAGAACUAUUGACCUCCGAUAAUAUCGAUCUAAGUGGUAAAAUUUAUAUGCUGGCAUUAGCCUCGAAUGAACAUUUUGGCAAUGAUUUUCAUAUUUAUACCUUGAUUUGGAAAUCAAAUGAAAUCACCAUGGAAGUGGAUGGUGUUAAAUAUGGC